AUUUCCAUCCCAUGGCCGUCUCUAGGUGAUUUAGCGCCGCCAGUCUCAAGCAGGUAUCCAACAUGGCGAUCACGGGGAGCGGAUCUCUCGCUAUUUCUUUCUAUGUUUUAGUGAUUUCAGCGGCGUUUCUUCACAAAGGAGCUGCUGAAACCGUGACAGUUGACAGCCAGAACCUGGCAACGGAUAACGUGACCGUGAUUGAGGGGGAAACUGCCACCAUCAGCUGCCGUGUGAGGGACAACGACGACUCCGUCAUCCAGCUGCUGAACCCAAACAGACAGACCAUCUACUUCAGAGAUGUUAGACCUCUCAAGGACAGCCGGUUCCAGCUGGUGAAUUUCUCUGACAACGAACUCCGGGUGUCUCUGUCCAACGUGUCGCUCUCCGACGAGGGACGCUAUGUGUGCCAGCUCUACACAGAUCCUCCUCAGGAAGCCUACGCAGACAUCACUGUCCUGGUCCCACCAGGCAGCCCAAUCAUUGAAAGCCGUGAGGAUAAGGUCAGCGAGGGGAAUGAGACGGAGCUCACCUGCAUAUCCAUGGGCAGCAAGCCAGCCGCUUCCAUCAGAUGGAUGAAGGGGGAGGAUGAACUGACAGGUGAAACAACAGUUGAGGAGAACUAUGACAGGAUGUUUACCAUCACCAGCCGGGUGAGGUUUUCUGUCACCAAGGAGGAUGAUGGAGUGCCAGUGGACUGUAUCGUUGACCAUCCAGCUGUAAAGGACCUACUGGCUCAAAGACACUUGGAAGUGCUCUAUAAACCCGAGGUGAAGAUUGUUGUAACUUAUCCUGAUGGAUUAACAAGAGAGGGCGACAAUCUUGAUUUGACAUGUAUCGCUGAGGGGAAACCGCAGCCCAAUCAGAUCAACUGGCUUAGAGUGGACGAAGAUGUGCCUCCUCAUGCUGUGGUCACCGGCUCUGAUCUUUACAUUGAGAACCUGAAUAAGUCGUAUAACGGCACCUAUCGCUGUGUGGCAUCUAAUGCUGUCGGAGAGGCUUAUGAUGACUACACCCUCUAUGUGUACGAUGCUCCCACUACUCUCCCCACACCCACCACCAACCCAGUCAACACGCAAGACUCCAGAGCUGGUGAGGGAGCACCACAGAAAAUCGACCAUGCAGUCAUUGGAGGAGUCGUUGCCGUUGUGAUGUUUGCAAUCCUCUGUGCACUCAUUGUGCUCGGGCGGUACUUUGCCAGACACAAAGGAACUUACUUCACACAUGAAGCCAAAGGAGCAGACGAUGCGGCUGAUGCAGACACAGCAAUCAUCAACGCUGAGGGGGGGCACAACAACACAGAUGAGAAGAAGGAGUAUUACAUCUAAACUAGGCGGGCCUGGAGUGGUGGUUUGGGAUGCUGUGGGAGCACUGUGUCCAGCAUUGAUUGGUAACAAGAUGGCUUGGGUUAGGGUAAAAAAAAGAAAGGAGGGUAAAACACGGAGAAAAGCAAGAAUGGCAUAGACGUGUGGGAAAAAGAGCCGUUACUUGGUCUCCUAUCCGACCCUUUCUGGACUGCUGGGUCCUAUUAUGUACAGGUUAAUUAUUUUACAGAGAAUUUUGUGCCUUGUUCUAUUUCUUUUGUUGGUUUAUAUUCACAUGCUUGUUGGAUUGAAUACUUUCUCCAUGUACUCUACUUGAUCCUUUGUUGCAAUUGGCAUUCAGAAGACAUAGAAAAGGGUCUGGUGUUUAUCAGUGUGUGCUGCAACUAGCUUUUAGCUUGUGUAAUCAGAUAUAUGAAAGGCCAGAUCAGUCACACUUUUUUCUUAAGUCAUUUCCAGAGUUUAGUAAAUGAAACCCAAUAUCACAGUGUUUCUUUCUGUUGGGCCAAAAUCCUGUGGUGCCUCCAAGUUUAUCAUAUUUAGAUGCAGGUCUAAUUGGUUGUCAUAUAUUCUGUCAGAUAAUACAAGGCCCGCUUCAAAUUCAGGCCCACUGUUUAUUACUUACUUUAGCAGUUUGAAUAAUCUUGCAUAUCUUUGAAUGUAUUUGCUAAAGAAGUCCAAAUGAUGAGAAACAGUAACGUGAUAUGUAUCUGUAUGGGGUUUAAAUCAAGCUGUAAGAUGCAGCCACUCCUUCAAAGAUUAUGUGAAACAUACUCUGAACCCAUUGUCAAUAUUGCUUCCUUGUCCCUUUAAAGUGGAAAUUAAACAAUUAACCCAACUGGCUUCAUUUACGAGAUUGUAAUAUAAUAUUAUCAGCUAUUAUAUUACAAAUGUGAAAAAUAUUACUUAAAA